UUUAUUUAUUUAUUUUUUGUCGAACUUUACAUUUGUUUCAAAAUAUGCGGUCCGUGCGCCUGAUGAUGACGUCACGGUAGUUGCGCCAUGCGCCAGGCUGUCGUUACGUUGGAGUCCACUUGGCAAUCUGAAAUAUAUUCAAAAAUGAGAAGGAAAAGAAUCAGACCAUUUUUGAUGGCUUUUGUUCUCACGUUGUUAGUUCUUCACCUGCUUAAUGACUUUACUCAGGAGAAAACCAUUUGCCUGCCUAACAAGAAAGAGGAGUUUUUCUCAACAACACAACCAACCCAUUCCUAUGUCUACUCCUGGACAAAGUGCCAAAAAAAUACAUCAGCUACCAACAUCACAGACUUUAACUCUCUUCCUGAAACUAUUAAGGACUUUCUUUACUAUCGGCACUGUCGCCAUUUCCCCAUGCUACUGGAUGCUCCAAGCAAAUGUGGAGGAGCUGAGAAGUCUUCUGAUGUUUUCCUGUUGUUGGUCAUUAAGAGCUCCCCUGGAAACUAUGAACGUAGAGAGGUAUUACGCAAAACCUGGGCAAAAGAAAGACCCUACAAAGGUGUUUGGAUCCGAAGGAUCUUCAUCUCAGGAACAUCUGAAUCCGGUUCUGAAAAAGUGAGACAGAACAGACUACUUGAGCUGGAAAAUCAAGAGUACAAUGAUAUUCUUCAGUGGAAUUUUGAAGACACAUUUUUCAACCUCACCUUAAAGCAGAUUCUUUUUUUAGAAUGGCUGGAAAUAUACUGUCCAAAUGUUAGUUUUUUGCUUAAUGGUGAUGAUGAUGUUUUUGCCAACACAGACAACAUGGUCGAGUAUCUCCAAAGCCUUCGAGACAAUGGAGGAAGAAAGUCCCUUUUUGUUGGUCAUUUAAUACAGAAUGUUGGGCCAAUUAGAAUACCUGGGAAUAAGUAUUUUAUCCCGAAACAAGUUUAUGAAUCGGAAUCAUAUCCUCCUUAUUGUGGUGGUGGAGGCUUUCUUCUGUCUGGUUAUACAGCUUCAGUUAUAUACAACAUGUCUCAGUCCAUGUCAGUCAUGUCAUGUCAUGUCAGUCGCACUGUUGAAAUGCCAUAAAUGCACUAUUGACUU